AUGGGAAGUACCGGGAGGAUGCUCAACCUUUGGAACAGGAGGCAAAGCCUCUUCCCUAACUACAAAGUCACCGGGACUAGUGCUGAACUUAGAAGACCCUCAGAAGACAGCACCCUUCCAUUCACCAAGGACAGCUGUAUAAAAGAGUGGAAUUCCAUGCAGGAACUGAGCAAGGACAUUUAUGACAUCUACUCUGAGUAUGAGGAUGAGGAAGAUGAGAAGCCUUUGGCUCUUCUUUCAAAGCUGGCUUCACCCACCAAGAAUUACAAUCUCAACAUCAAUGUUGGGGGGAAGUCCUAUCAGAUAGCUUACCGGUUGGCGGCCAGGUACCCCAAAACUAGGAUAGGGCGGCUUGCCACCUAUACAGACCACAACAAGAAACUGGACCUGUGUGACGAUUACCAAGUCAAGAAAAAUGAGUACUUCUUCGACAGGGACCCAGAGAUUUUCAACAACAUCUUCACCUUCUACAGAACUGGGGUGCUGUGGAUAAAAGAUGAGCUGUGUCCCAGAAACUUUCUGGAGGAGAUCAACUACUGGGGCGUGAGGAUCAAGAACACCCACCGCUGCUGCCGGAUUUCUUUUGAGGAGCGACAGGACGAAAUAAACGAGCAGCUGAACAUCCAGAGAGAGCUGGAGGCCGAGGUGGAGAUCGAGGAGAAUGAGGAGCUGUUUCAGGACAUGUUCAUGGGCCAUAACCGCAGAGUGAUCUGGAACCUAAUGGAAAAACCUUUCUCAUCUGUCCCUGCCAAGCUCAUGGCCUUGGUCUCCAGCCUGUUUGUCCUGGUAUCCCUGGUGGCCAUGACACUCAACACAGUAGAGGAUAUGCAGUACAAGACUCCCUCUGGCCAAUUGAGCGGGAAGACCUACUGUGAAUUUGUGGAGUCUCUGUGCAUUGCUUUUUUCACCAUGGAGUAUCUGCUCAGGCUGGUGUCCACACCUGACCUCCAGACUUUCGCCAGGAGCAUGCUCAACACGGUGGACCUGAUCGCUAUUCUACCUCAGUACCUGCAGCUGGCUUUGGAGUGCUUUGAAAACAAUGACUACGUGAAGCACGAACACGACAUGAGGACAGUUGGGCAGGUGGGGAAGCUGGGCCAGGUGUUGCGGAUUAUGCGGCUGAUGCGUAUAUUUCGUAUCUUGAAGCUGGCGCGCCACUCCACCGGGCUGAGGGCGUUUGGCUUCACACUCCGCCAGUGCUACCAGCAGGUGGGCUGCCUCUUCCUCUUCAUUGCCAUGGGAAUCUUCGCCUUCUCUGCCAUGGUCUACACUGUGGAGCAUGACGUGCCCCAAACCAACUUCACAAGCAUCCCCCAUGCAUGGUGGUGGGCUGCUGUGAGCAUCUCCACCGUGGGCUAUGGAGACAUGUAUCCAGAGACCAUCCUGGGGCGUCUCUUUGCUUUCUUCUGUAUUUCCUUUGGAAUCAUACUGAACGGACUGCCCAUCUCCAUCCUCUUCAACAAGUUCUCAGACUACUACGCCAAACUGAAAUCCCACGAGUACACCGCAAACAUGAAGAACCGGGGGAAAAUUAGGUUUGCCAAAAGGACAGCAAUGAAGAUCUCACUUUGUUGUGGAGUUGGACACACUACAUGA